AUGUUGUCCAACAAGCGAAAGAGCAAGAAGCUGAACCUGCUGAAGGAUCAGAUGUUCCUGACGAAAAAGUACGUUGACAUGAACGACCCCAUAUACGACAGCGAAAUAGAAGAUGAAAACUGCUUCUACACGGUAGUGAACGCGGAGGAAAUAGAAUACUCACAGAAGGUGUCUGAGCUGAAAACCAGAAUGUUCGAGGAUAUGAAUAUUUUGUCUUUUGAAGAUUUCGAAAAAAAAUGCGACACUCUGAUUGACAACUUCUUUGGAAGCUACAAUUUUGAAAAGUUUAUCGAAGACUUAAAAGAAUUAAAUGUGAAAAUGUAUAACGACUUUUUAGUUUUGCAGUUGAUUAAAAAAUCUUUUGAUAAGGAAGAUGAGUGCCAAAUCAAUGUGUCCUGUUUGUUAAAUGUAUUAAACAUCACCAAGUUGAUUAAUCCAGAACAAGUACAUAGAGCUUUUGAAAAAGUUUUGCUAAGCUUGGACGACAUUAAGCUCGACUGCCCCUCGUGUUACGAAAUUUUUCUAAAGUACAUUAGGUUUAGCACACUGGACAAUGUAAUUGAUAAAAAUUACAUUCUGAAAUUACCCACUGGCUUUUUUGAUUCGUUGGAACUGGAUAGUUGGGAUGAACAGGAAUUGGCUUUGCAGAACUCGAAGGAGAGUGAACACGCAGUUGAUAAGGCAGACUUUCCCAAUGCCACCGUAUCGACAAAUGGCACCGUAUCGACAGAUGGCACCGUAUCAACAAAUGGCACCAUAUCGACAGAUGGAGCGCCGGCUACAGACGGAGAUGCGACCACCAAGCUGGAUGAGAACCACAUGUACGCGCAAAACCUCGAAAAUGUAGAAGAGAAAAAGAAGCUGAAGGACGAAAUGUGGAAAGACACCAUGCUCUGGGUGCUGGACCUAAACAUGAAGCAAAUUCAGAAAGAAAAAAAAGAAUUCAAGCAAAAAGCAAGGGAUUUUCUAGUAGACUUCUUCAACGAUGGAGAUACAAAUGAGGUCAUUGAAUUUUUGAACAACACAAAUCCAUUGUUUCAUUAUGAGUUCAUAAGAAUAAGUAUCAUAGAGUCCUUUAGUAAAAAUAAUAUGUGCCGAAAAUACAUCUCUUACUUACUGGACAACUUAUGCGAAACAUACUAUUUUAAAAAUGACAUUAUUAUAGCUUUCAUAAGAAUUAUAGGGUAUAUUGACGACUAUGAAAUUGACUUCCCCAAAGCAAAGGAAAUGGUGUGUAAAUUUCUCCUCAGAUGUAUAUAUGAUGAUGUACUUUAUCCAGCCUUUUUAAGCGAUAUAUACAAACUACACAUUGGUGGUAUGACUGGCAUGAUGAUUUGCAAUAAAACGCAACAUAGAAUUCAUAAUAAAAAAAAAUUGAACUUAAAUAAUAUUAACUACAUUUGGGAUGAAGAUGAUACAUAUGAAAAAAUGAAAUUAAAAAGGAAAAUUAACAACACCUUAUUGGAGUACUUUUAUUCCUACAUAGAUGAGCAAGAAUUUUAUUUACACAUUGAUGAAUUUCUGCCGCGCUAUCAUGAUUUAUGCAAUUAUGUUGUUAAGAAGAUCUUCGUAUUGAACGUGGAUAUUAACAAUGAUUUGAAUUUGUCGUUCAAAUUGGUUGAUUAUUUGAUGAACAGGAAUUUUAUAACUGAAAAGAAUGUUGAGGGAGGUGUCAUAGAGGUAAUGAACUCGAUUAAGGAUAUUAUGCUGGAUAUUCCAAAGUACCCAGAAGAAUUUCUUAAAAUUUUGAAUUACCUUCAUGAGAAGAAAUACAUUUCGCAAGGCAUGUUUGACAGUGCCUCCGAGGAAAUCGCAGCGUUUAAGAAUUAG